AUGGACCUGUUUAAAAGAGAAAAGGUGAAUUUGGAUUUAAAUUAUGAGAUAACAUUUUCGUGUUGCAUAAAAGAUAUUUUAUAUGUUGGAAGUAAGGAUGGUAUAAUAUAUAAAUACCAAUUAAUAAAAGAGGAUGAGAAAACAAGUGAUGAUAUUAAGAAUGAUUAUAUAAAAAAUGAAAAGUUCAAUAUUGAUAAUAAUGUGGAAGGAAGUUUAAGAAUAAAAUUGUUAGGAAAUUAUUUAAUAAAAAAAAACAGAACAAUUAAUAAUAUAACAAUUGUAGAAGAGAAAGAGAAUUUAAUCAUGUUAAUUUUAAUAGAUGAUAUAUUAUAUUGUAUUAAAAAUGAUAAGUUUGAUAUUUUAAAUAUUAUAUAUAAAAAUGUGUUAUUAUAUAGAAUAAAUGAAAAUAAUAGUAAUGAAUUAUUAAUAUAUACAAAAAAGAAGAGAUUAUAUUUUUAUAAUUAUGAAAAUGGUAUAUAUAAAUAUUUAAAAGAAAUAACAAAUCCAUUUAAUGAUUUAAUAUCAUGUAUGUUGUGGAUUAAUAAUUCUUUAUUUUUAACAAUAAAUAAAGAAUAUUAUUUUUUAAAUAUUAAAAAUAAUGAAAAAGUAUUAUUAUAUAGUCAUGAAUAUGAACAGACAUAUAAAAAUAUUACUUUAAUUGAUAUGCAUGAAAUAUUUAUUGUUUGUGAUUUAAAUAUUGGUGUUUUUUAUGAUGUAGAUACUUCUAUGCCUUCUAGAAAAAAUACUAUAAUAUUAAGUGGAUGUGUAAAACAAAUAAUAUCUUUUCGUUUUUUUUUAUGUUGUUUAAAUUUUAAAGGAGUUAUAAAUAUAUAUAAUAUAAAAAAUCAACAACAUAUACAAGAAAUCUCUUUAAAUUAUAUACCUGAUAUUGUUAUUAAUUUUACUAAUAUAAAAAAAUAUAGUGGUCUUAUGUCUUUAUUUAAUAAUAAUAAUGAUGAUGAUGAUGAAGAUAAGGUAGAAAAUAUUUUAUUAUAUAAUCAAAAAAAUAAAAUCAAAUGGACAUCAUCUGAUAGAGGAAUAAAAUUUUAUGAAGAAAAAAAAAAUAAAGGAUUAUUAAAAAUGGAAACUGAAGGAAUAUUAUCAAAAUCUUUAGUAAAUGAUUUUAUAUCUGGAUUAUCAAAAAAUGAUACAUAUGAUCAUAAUAAUAAUAUGUUAUAUAAUAAAUAUUUAUAUGAAAAUAAUGAUAUAUAUACAAAUAAUAUAAAUAUAUAUAAUAACACAUUAUAUAAUAAUCUCUAUUUUAUUAAUAAAGAUUGUUUACAAAUUCUUAGUUGUCUAGAAAUUUAUGAAUACUUACCACAAUGUAUAGAACAAGGAAAAACAAAAAAAGGUUUUAUUUUAAUAGAAAAUUAUGCAUUUCAAAAUAAAAAAGAUAAAUAUGAUAUCAUAUGUGAAUAUAAUAAAGCAUGUGCAUAUCAUUUUUUUAAGAAUUUAAAUUUCUCAGUCUCAUUCAUAUUUUUUCAAAAAAUUAAUAUUAAUAUAUUUUUUCUUUUAUUCUUUUGGAUCGAUUACUUACCUUCAUCUCAUAAAAAUAUUAUGCAAAAAAUGAUGGAAUAUAAAGUCAUUCAAGAAAAUAUUAAUAAACAGUUUAAAUCAUUUUUGCCCUUCCCAUGUAGUAUUAAAGAAUUAAUAGAUAGGAAUUAUAACAACUAUAUAAAGGGAAAACCAGAUUAUUACAUGUCUGAUUAUAUGUUCAACGAUUUUUAUCAUAAUAAUAAUAGUAAUUGUAAUAGUAAUGAUGAUGAUGGUGAAAAAAAUAAUAAUACUUACAUUAAUAGUAGUACAUAUGAGAAUAAUACAAGUUCUUUUAUUAAUUCAUCUGAAAAAAGAGACAAUGAAAUAAAGAAAAAACUUUUACAUACAGCCAACAAAUGCUUAGUAAAUUACUUAUUACUUAAAAGAGAUUAUCUCUUACAAAAUAAAGACAUGUAUAAAUUAUCAUAUAAAAAAAAAAAUCAUAAUUCUAAAAAUUUCAAUGAUAAUUCUAAAGAUUUGAAGGAUAAUUCUAAAGAUUUGAAUGAUAAUGAAUAUAUAAUAGAACAAUGUAUAGACAAUCUACUAAUAAAACUAUUGACCAUAAAUAAUUAUAAUAAACAAUUUUUUCAUUUUAUUAUGGAAACCAAUAAAUUACAUAUAGAUCUAGAAGAAUGUAUACAAUUCUUAAAAAAAGAAGGAAAAUUUGUAGAAAUCAUUUUUAUAUAUAUACGAUUAGGAUAUUUUGAAGAGGCCAUUGAAAUAUGUUCAUAUUUUUUUCAUUAUUACAAUGAAAAGUAUAAUGUUAUUAAAUCGACAGGAGAAUUGAAUGUAUAUCAAUAUGAUGUAUGUUACGAAGGAAGUAAUAAAAAUAAAAACAAAAGUGAUAAUAACAAUAAUAGUGGUGAUGAUAAAAAUUUUGCUUGUGAUGAUAAAAAUUUUGCUUGUGAUGAUAAAAAUUUUGCUUGUGAUGAUAAAAAUAUUGCUUGUGAUGAUAAAAUUUUUUCUUGUGAUGAUAAAAUUUUUUCUUGUGAUGAUAAAAAUUUUUCUUGUGAUGAUAAAAUUUCUGGUUGUGAUAACAAAGAUGAUGAUAAAUAUAUAUACAAUGAUAUACCCCAAAAAAAAGAAGAAGAAAAUAAUAUAUUUACUUUCUUCAAUUUAAAAGAACUGAAUGAAGAAAAAUAUUUUAAUUGGAUAAAAAUUUUUGAGAAAGAGAAUGUAGAAAAAAAUAAUGUAUCAGAUAAAGAUAAUAAUCAUUUUCAAUAUGCAUUACAGAAAAUAUAUAAUAUUCUUAUUAUAUUAAAUGAUAAUAUACAUUUAUUAAAUCUUCAACAAGAAAAAAUCAAAAAAUUAUUUGAAUAUGCAUUUCCAUUCUUAAUAAAAUAUAAUGAACAUUUUUUCUUCCAUUUUUUAAAAAAAAAAAAUAUUUUAAUAUCACCAGAAGAAAUUAUAACUACCUUUAAAAAAAUGAUACAAAUAGAUAAAGAAAAUUAUAAAAUCAAAUAUUAUUUACAAAAAUAUAUUAUACAUUAUUUAAAACAUGAUAAAUAUAAUAAAAAUAUAAAUACAAUAUUAAUAGAAUUAUAUAUUAACAAUGCAUAUACAAAAAAUAAUAUAAAACAAUUACAAAUCAAAUUAAUAAAGUUUAUGCAGUAUGAAUAUCCUAUACAUAUAGAUUAUAUUACAAAUCUUAUAAAAAACACAUCUUUCUAUUUUUUGAAGGUCCUACUAUAUGGAAAGCUACACCGUCACUAUGAAAGCCUUAAUAUCCUAGCCGAACAAAACUUCAGGGCAUGCGAAAAAUACUGCCUUUACUAUAAUUUUAUGUUAAAAAAAGAAGUGUCUAAAAUUAAAGAAGAAAAAUAUCAAGAGUUAUACAUAGGAAUAUAUAAUAAUGAUAAAGAUAUUUAUUAUAAUAUAUUCAAAAAAUUUAUAGAACGUAAAAUAAAUUCCACAGAAAAAAAAAAUCAUUAUAACAAAAGAAAAAAAAAAACGAAAAAAAAAAACUUUAUAAAAUAUAUGAUGAAUGAAUAUCAUAAAUAUAUAUAUUAUAGCAUGAAUAAAAAUAUACCCUCAAAUUUAUUAUUCCACAAUAAAAAUGAAAUAUUAAACAAAACGUAUGAAUAUGAAAUGGAUGAAAAAAAUAAAAUUAAAAAAAAAAAAAAAAUCGAUCAAGAAAAUAAAAACUUACUAGUACACAAUGAAUAUUAUUAUAUGCUACAUUUAAUCAAGGAUCAUCAAGAAGAUGAAGAAGCAGAUAAUGAUAGUGAUCAUAAUGAUGAUGAUAUUUUAAAUUGUUAUGAAGGAUGUUCAAAUGAAUCGGAUGACAUUACAAGUGUGGGUAACACAAGUGGUGAUAAAACAAGUGGUGAUGAUACAAGUGGUAAUGAUACAAGUGGUGAUGAUACAAGUGGUGAUAAAACAAGUGAUGAUAAUACAAAUGAUGAUGAUACAAGUGAUAAUGAUACAAAUGAUGAUGAUACAAGUGGUGAUAACACAAAUGACAAUAAAAAUAUCCAUCGUUAUAAUAAUAAAAAUAUAGAGAAGAAAAAAAAAAAAAGUAUUAAAAUAAGUGCCCAAGAAAAAUUAUUAAAAGGGAAACAUCGAAAUAAAGAUCCAGAUGCAUUAGAUUAUUUCCAUGUAUAUAAUAGCUGUAAUCCAAAGACAGGAGGACUAUUUUUUUUACUUAUUAAAGUAUAUUUAGAUAAAUAUUAUAAUGAAGAAAUUAAUAUAAUGAAAAAAGAACAAUAUAAAAAUAAUAUUCUUUAUAUAUUAAAUAAAUAUGCAAAUCAUAAUGAUUUAGAUAAUAUAUAUAUUUAUAAUAUGAUACCAAAAUAUUGGAAUAUAUCAGAUAUAUCAAAUUUUAUUUAUUUUAAUUUAAAAAAAAAAAUGAAUACACAUAUGAACUUACAAAUAUAUCAUAAUCUAAUUAAGAGUAAUUAUUUGAACAUCUCAUACGAUAUAAUUAAAAAAAACGAGCAAAAAAUAAUCAUAAAGGAUAAGCUAAUUUGCAAGGUGUGUAACAAUCCAAUUUUAGAAAAAAGUUUUGCUUUUUUCGCAGAGAAUAUUACUGUUCAUAUACAUUGUAUUGAAAAGUAUGACGAGUAA